AUGGUACUUCAUAUUUUAACAGCUGUUGGAUUCACCCCUUUGGUGGUGAUUGGCGUUCCGAGCAAUGUGUAUAUUGUAUGGAGAUUUACCUUCAUUAGGAUACUGGAGAAGAAGUUGCUACCAACAAAUAUGAUCCUAAUGGUUUUAGCACUUGUGAACCUUCUUCUACUUCUUGCUCGGGCAAUUCCUCAGUAUAUGUAUGCCAUGGUGUUGGAGAACCUACUUGAUGAUGCUGUGUGCAAGCUAAUUGUGUACAGUUACAGAGUGUGUAGAGCAAUGUCCAUUUCUUUCACAAGUCUACUUAGCUGUCACCAGUGUACACUUAUUGCUCCAGUUAAUAAGCUAUGGGGUUUUCUCAAACAAAAAAUAUCCCAGAAUAUGUUGAUAAUCAUUUUUGUCAUCUUGAUCAUCAAUCUUGUGCUCUACUCAUCAAGUCUUGUGUAUGCCCAAGCAAAGAAGAAUUUCACAAAUACGCCAUAUACCUUGCACAUGAUUACAUGUCACACAGACUUUUUAACCUAUGCUUCUUUUUUCAUAAAUGGGACAUUAUUGGCCAUUAAAGACUUUCUAUUAGUGGGAUUGAUGACAUUUGCAAGCAGUUACAUGGUGAAUGUAUUGCUCCAUCAUCAGCAAGUCGUUAAAAGUAUUCGGAGCUCAGACAACAGUCAAGGAAAAUCUAAAGAGUACAAAGCAUCUAGAGCUGUCAUUUUAUUGGUUGUCCUCUAUGUGAUGCUUUUUGGUCUUGAUAAUUUCAUGUGGCUUUAUUCCACGUUUCAUGUUUACCCUGAUUUAAACAAUGCAAGAAUAAUACUAGCUUGUUCCUACUCUGCUUUAAGUCCUAUAGUCAUCAUUGCCACCAACCCUAAAUUAUAUCUGAUAAACUGUUCACACAUAAAAAAUUUGAUGGGUACCAACCAUCGAGAAUAUUCGGACAAAAAUACUUGUGUAAGCUACAUUAGCAAUUAA